AUGCCGGUGUUCCUGAGGACCACCCUGAUGUUCCUGAGGACCAUCCCGGUGUUCCUGAGGAGCCCUCCCAGUGUUCCUGAGGACCACCCUGAUGUUCCUGAGGACCACCCUGAUGAAGAACUCAGGAGGCUCCAGCACACCCUGGAACAGGUCAAUGAUGGCAAAGACUCACUCCAAAGCCAUCAGCUCACCAUGGAUGAAGAAAAUAAUAUCCAGGAAUAUCCUAUCAACCUCCAGCCCUUGGAAUCCAAAGUGAAAAUCAUCCAGCGAGCAUGGCGUGAGCACCUGCAGCACCAGGACCUGUCCCCAUCCCCGGAGCUGCGGGACAAGGGCAGCCCGUCCCCGACGUCCCCGACACCCCCAGGGUCCCCAAGGUCCCCAGUGUCCCCAACGUCGCCGGCCUCGGGCAAGAUGAGCAGGUCUGUCAGCAUGAACACCUUCUCCGACAGCAGCACCCCCGUGAGUCCGGCUGGAGUUCCUCCUUCUUCCUUUCCUGGCUUCCUUUCUGGGGUUUGGGAUAAGUGAAAGCUCAGCUGAGGGUGCACGGGCUCGGUAAUGGGUUAA